AUGUCAACUAAAUAUUUGACAUAUUAUGAUGCCGAUGUAGACUUGGAGGAUGUUGAACUUUUCGAAGAUAGACGAUGGCUUAAUGAUAAAUGUAUUGAUUUGUUUAUAGAAUACCUUGAACAUAAUACAACUUCAAAUGAUGAUGUCUCUCGAUCAAAGGUUUUUCUUCUUAGGGCUGCUCUUACUUUUUUUAUAUCUAAUAUUCAAGAUUCUACAUUCCUUGCUGGCGCACUUCCUAAACAGAUCUUUAUUGCACAAGUUAUAUUUAUGAUAGUAAAUGAUAAUGUUGAUGUGACUAAAGCUCGUGGUGGAAAUCACUGGAGCUUAUUGGUAUUUAUUAGAAAAACUAAUAAAUUCUUACAUUAUGAUAGUGCUAGUGGAAUGAAUACGGGAGUUGCUAAAUAUAAUGCCAUGAGAAUUGCUGGGGUACUUGGUGUUACUGGAUCAUCUUUUCAUAAUAUGAAAACACCUCUUCAAGAGAACGGAAAUGAAUGUGGCGUGUAUGUUAUCUCAAUAACAGAACAGCUUUAUCAAAAAGUUGUUAAAUAUUAUCAAACACAUCAUCAUGAUGAUGAAAAAGAAUUUGCUUCAAUUUUUGAACUUGAACAAGACAAAAUUCCCACUGGUCGUGAAAUGAGAAAGAGGUGUAGAAAAAUAGUUCAGGAACUUAGAGAU